UCCUCCAUGGGCUCGAAGACGCUAAACCUUUUACCGUUUUGAAUUUCCCGCGACGCGCGCCGCGCCGAAGGUUUCCCGGCCGGGGCGUGUGCGCAUGCUCAAGGUCUCGUGCGGUUCGUAGCAUAAUGGCCGAGCAAAAGAAACAGCCAGAGCUGUUCAAAGCCAACCUCUUCUCUUCCCCCGUUCCUGCCGCGAUCACAGGCGGUCUGUCGUUUGGUCUAGCUGGUGAUUCCUUCAACAGCUCAUUCUCCCUGGCGCCUGCCUUGACGCCAGCUCAGAGCUCCCCAUCUCCCCCCAGAAAGUCAGACGUCAAGACGAGCGUCCCUUCCUCUGGCAGCCCGGCCUCUUCUCUUACAUCUACCCCAGCCGUCAAGACCACGCCUAUUUCCUCGUUAGCCACGCCCACCCCUGCUGUGGAAGCGGAGUUAAGCAAUGUUCCUCUGGACAGCCCUCCUCCCUCCUCCUCCUCCUAUCCAGGUUUACAUAUCACUAACUUUUCCCCCAUGAAACAAACAUCGAAGCUGAGCGAGUGCAAAUGUGUAUCCUGCUAGUGCUGUUAUUCCCACUCACUCUAGCGGUCUGGUGGUGAAUUCUGACCCCUGUGACCCCUCACCGACCCCUGAGCCACACCCAGUCUCCUCCAGUUGGUCCAGGUUGGAAUGAUCCUCCUGUCCCAGGUUCCAGUCCAGGGACUGCUGACAUGUUCUCAAUCCAGCCACUGGCGGGCCAGCCCGACACUCCACAGACCACACCCACUGCCACACCCCCUGUUGCCUCGGUGGCUCCGCAGCAGUCGGCUAAUCCGUACCGUCUAGGUCAGCAGGCUGGGGGGAAGAGAGUCGUGUAUGGUGGAGUAGCCACACCCACUUCACAGUCAGCCCCUCCCACCUCGUUACCUCCUCCUCCCCUCUCCACCACUGACUACACUCAGGGACAGGCUCAGGUUGGAGUGAAUGCACUCCCACCCCAACAUGAAGUGGGUGUGGCCCAGACGUUGCGACAUCACUGGUUCUACCUCCGCCCCAACGAACGUUACUGGAUUCCCUUCUCCCUUGUUGACUCCGCCCACUUGGAGCAGGCCUGGACCUCUGCUGCUGGGAACCCCGCCCUCCAGGUGCUGGUACCCACUGACGGAGGUCGCUACGACGUCGACCUUCACGCCAGGAGCCGCUCAGCCAUCUACUGGAGUGAGCCAUCUUCCCAAGUUCGUCGCUGCUCCUGGUUUUUCAAAGGAGACAGUGACAGGUGGUACAUGCCGUAUAGUGAGGAUGUUGCCGUUCGUCUGGAGGAAGAGUACAUGGGAGCAGUCAGUAGGGGAGUGUGGGGAGGGAAGGUGGAGGUGGGAGAGGGGGAGGCAGUGGUGAUGCACUCCCAGUCCUCCAUGGCACACUACCCUUCCUCCCAGUUCCAGCCCAUCGCCCACGAGGUGGACUAUUCCCACCCUCGCUCCGUACUGCGAGGGUUUGCUGAGAUAGACCACGUGGAGCAAGGAGAGCAGUCCCGGAUUGACCAUCUGGUGUUUGUUGUCCAUGGUAUUGGGGAACAUCAUGACCUCAGUUUCCGCUGCCUCGUGGACUGUGUGGAUGACUUCAGGGAGGUGUCCCAACUGAUGCUGCGGACCCACCGGUUCGCAGGCCAGGCAGCGCAGGAAGGGGACACUGAGGCCGUGUGGAGUUCCUUCCUGUCCACUGGCACACUGCCCUGCACGGCGACAGCCUCGGAGUGGACUCCCAGCUUCAGAGACUCUCCCUCAAGAGCAUCAGUCGCCUCAGGAACUUCACCAACUCAACUCUCCUUGACAUCCUCUUCUUCACCAGUCCUGUCUACCUCCAGACCAUCGUUGACCAGGUGGCAGGUGAGAUGAACAGGAUGUAUGACUUGUUCCUGCAGAGGAACCCCGGGUACUCAGGGGGCGUGUCUGUCAUGGGACACUCCCUCGGCUCCUGCAUUCUGUUUGACAUCCUAGCUCACCAGACUGGGCAGCUGGACCAGAAUGGUGGGUCACCUGAGGAUCCACUAGCUCAUGGAGAAAGUAGGCAAGAAGAGAGAGAAGAGCAGGGAGAAGAAGGAGAAGAAGAUGAGCCAGAUAUGCCAGAAACUCUUGAGGCAGCUCUCUCCCAUCUUGGGCUGGCUGAACUCAUUCAAGUCUUCCUUAAUGAACAUUUUGACUUUGACAGUUUGGUAAGUCUCCAUUCAACCACAUGCCUGUGUGCAGCUAGUGUUUGGUAAGUCUCCAUUCAACCACAUGCCUGUGUGCAGCUAGUGUUCUCUAUUUGAUGUCCUCACACAUACUGUCUCUUUAGUGUGCUGUAUGCCUUGCCUUUGCCUUGCGACUCCACUAUUCACACGAACUGCAACGCAAUCACUGACAAUGCUAAAUGUCUGUUGCCCCUCAGCUAAUG